AUGUUGAAAAGUUUUGGUCUUGAUAAUGCUAAGCAUGCUAAAACUCCAAUGAGCACUACCUUGAAAUUAACUAAAACAGAUGAACAUGGUAAGAAGGUACAUACAAAGGUGUAUAGGAGCAUGAUAGGAAGCCUCUUGUAUCUCACUGCUAGAAGACUUGAUAUCUGUGCUAGUGUUGGAAUUUGUCCUAGAUAUCAAGCUAACCCUUCUAAACUUCACAUGAUAGCAGUGAAAAGGAUAAUGAAAUACAUCUCAAGUACAAGUGAUUUUAGUUUGUGGUUUUCCUAUGAUUCAAAUACAGCUUUGGUUGGUUACAGUGAUGUUGAUUGGGCUGGAAACAUAGAUGAUAGAAAGAGCACUUCUAAAGGAUGCUUUUACCUUGGAAACAACUUGGUGACAUGGUAUAGCAAGAAGCAGGAUUCGAUCUCUUUAUCCACUGUUGAAGCAGAAUACAUAGCAAUUAGGAGUUGCUACACUUAG